AUCAACCAAUCAAACCCCUUAAUUUGCGGACACACACACAACCAGGUCACUAUGACUCUCCCGUAAUGUCCUUCGGACAACUAGACUUGACGGACCCCAAAGUUGGAUGUAUAACUGCUGCAGUAUCUAGUACAGCCUUGAAAAGUUAUUUGGUUGAUAAAUGCUAUAUGAUACGGCAGAUUAACGAGCGGGUCAACCAUCAGUUUGCACCUUCAUAG